UUUCAGCAGCGCCAGGCUCUCUAAGGGCGAGAGGAGUCUUCCUACUGAGUUCCCUACUAGUAACACUAGCAGUCUCCUCUGUGCUCCAAACAUCUGAAGGGAAGCUGUGACUGAUCCUGUGAUCCUGAACUGUAGUCUUGGUGUUUAGAGCCAUGUGGAACCCACCAAAUGACCAGAGCGGACAGAUAUCUGCCAGGAUGGAGACCACUCCAUCUUUGGGAAGCGCCAGCAUCUCCAUCUCUCAGCAGCAGGCCCCCAAGAAGUUCGCCCCCGUCGUCGCACCCAAACCCAAAUUCAACCCUUUCAAACAGAUAGGAGAGGGCACCCAGUCUGAUCCUGCAGUGGACUACCCUCCCCCUCCUCCACCCCCCGAAGAGUUGACCGGUUUCCCAUCAUCACCUGGUUCCUUCCCUCUUCCGCCGCCGCCGGAUAACUCGUUCGAUUACCAGGUAAGAGGCUGGAGCUCGGGGCUGCAGUCACAUCCAACCAAACUUGUCUUCCACUUUGAGCCGCGGCCAGCUGCAGAGACGUUCGGCCCCCGGAUGCAGCUUGGAGCCAGCUGCAAAGUGGCCAAAGGCUGGAUGUACAGAACAAGUGCAGGAAGGUAUGACUAA